GUUCAACCCCACGUGUGCAAGGCGCAAGAACUACAGAUACAAUAUCUAACAUUGACUCUAUGACUGGAGAGUAACCCAGGAGAUCAUUAGACUACAAAAGGUAAGCGCUAUGGUAGUUUUUGACAGGAUCCUGUUUAUCUUUUAAAUGUAUGUCCUUUGAUACUUUGAUGACUUUGCUUCCUUAAUACGUCUGUAAACAGAUGCUUUACUUGUAGCGUCAUCGUCUGUUAUGUUAUCCCACGGUCUAGAAUUACACUCUUUCAAGGUUUAAGGUUUGAGGUUUUAAUGCUUCUUCAUGGUACUGUCAAAGAUAAUGAUGUUGUCGCUCUUAAUGCGAUGUUGAAUUUGCUCAUAUUUGUAUUAUUUUCAUGUCAUGCUGAAAUUGUGAUGUGCUACUACAGUACAUUACUAUCACAAAUACAGCCCAUUGGUCAGUUUAGGGUUAAAUACUUGAACAUACACAUCAGCGUUGGUUAAAGAGGCAAUCUGGGAUUGGUACAUCCCUUUUGGACUUAUAAUUAACGAUAGACUUUGAAUCCCAGAUUGCCCAUUUAAAGCGAACACAUGUCUUCCUACAGCAGCAGCAGCCAGUAAUUGCUUAUGUAUUCAAUUAUAAAACAGAGGGAGCAUUUGACCACAAGAACGUUCAACAUAUGUAGCCUACAGUCAUUAUCAAAAAGCACUGUAUCUCUCUCUCUCUGCACAAUAAAUCAUUGUUGAUGAUAAGGCGUUGGCCUUUCUGUCUGUCUGUUUGUCUGUCUGUCUGUUGUUUAGUGUGUCACUUAAUGUGUCAAUGCAGAAGUAACAUACCCACAUACCACAGUGGCAGCUGAAAGCAGCCUCUUUGCUAGCUCAUUGAGUUCGGUCUUAGUGCCAGUAUUGGUUUGUAGUGGUAAAUAGACAGCUACGAAAAAUUAUGUGGAACGUCUAUGUCUGUGUGGGUGGCUGGGUGGGUGGCUGGGUGGCUGGGCUGGCUGGCUGGCUGGCUGGCUGGGUGGGUGGAUGUAUGGGCCUUUGUCAAAGGUGAACAUAGUUUUUUUGAGAAGUAGCUAAACGUGUAGUCUUGCGCACUAGACACUUCGUCCCUAAGCUGUGUUCAAUUGCCUGGGGUCGGGGAUACAAAAUGGGAGACCAUGGGUAGAACAGGAUGGAUUGAGUUGAGUGGCAUGAGAGGAGCAUGUUGUCUCCAAGCCCCCGAUAUGUCACAAUGCCAAGUUUGUUAUUUCCACCCCCAUUAAAAACCCAGAGGUCCUGUCAGGCAAAAUAUAGCAGAAUCAGGAUCCAGAAAAAAACCACUUUGUUUACAUAAAGCAUUUUUUACUUUCAUAUGGAAACAAUACCUACCCCAUUCACCCACCCCUUUCCCUGUUCCUCAUUACAACUUAAUGGAUGGUCUGUUUACUAGUCUGGCAAAACAGAAUAGAGUUUAACUAUACAGGCGUUAGCUAUGCUGGCUGGACAAGAACCCAGAGAGUGAAAGAAAGUUACUGUAUAUUUACUUAAGUUCUAAUCUGGACCAUAAAGUAACGAACAGAACUUGGUUCAAAUGUAUUCCUUACUCCAUACUAUGGAACCUCAAUAUGUCCCUACAUAUGGUAUACUUAUGUUAUUUUGAUGUUCAUACGAGUUAUGGUUGUAGAAGGCCUCUCAAUGUUGGCGAGACGGUGCUCCUAUCUAAACAACAUCCUUGGAGAGAUGAUCUAUUUGGCCAGAGCUGCCUGCUACACAUGUACUGGUGCAUUUUUUACCUAACGUUGGCAUUAAACACUCCCCAUUCUCCAUAUGGACUAACUCAGUAGCUAAGCUGAACAGGCCUCUCUCAAAGAGCAUCAGACUUUGCUUAUGGGAUCAUUUAUUGUGCAGCAUAGCCCUCUGUCUUAAAGGCCCAGUGCAGUCAACAAUGGGAUUUUCCUGUGUUUUAUAUAUAUACACUGAGUAUACAAAACAUUAAGGACACCUGCUCUUUCCAUGACAUAGACUGACCAGAUGAAUCCAGGUGAAAUCUAUAAUCCCUUAUUGAUGUCACUUGUUAAAUCCACUUCAAUCAGUGUAGAUGAAGGGUAGGAGACCGGGUAGCCAUUUCCUACAGUCAAAUUACCUAGUGGCCUCAUGUGUGCAAUGUUAUUAAUAUUUUUCAUAAUUUCAUAUUUAAUAAAAUAAAAUAAAAAAGCUGCCGAAAAUCCGGUGUUUCUAUGUCAAACAGUUUUGUUAUAUUUCAGUCUUAUGUGAUGUACACUACCGGUCAAAAGUUUAAGAACACCUACUCAUUCAAGGGUUUUUCUUUAUUUUUACUAUGUUCUACAUUGUAGAAUAAUAGUGAAGACAUCAAAACUAUGAAAUAACACAUAUGGAAUCAUGUAGUAACCAAAAAAGUGUUAAACAAAUCAAAAUAUAUUUUAUAUUAUUUGAGAUUCUUCAAAUAGCCACCCUUUGCCUUGAUGACAGCUUUGCACACUCUUGGCAUUCUCUCAACCAGCUUUGAGGCAAGCAACACUGAACCAUGUGUGAGAGCACCAGCUGAUCCGGACGACUGUAUGAUCACAUGCUCCGUAGCCGAUGUGAGUAAGACCUUUAAACAGGUUAACAUUCACAGACAGAUUACCAGGACAUGUACUGUGUAAGUGUCUUCACUCCCUGACCCAGUCUGUAAUACCUACAUGUUUCAAGCAGACCACAAUAGUCCCUGUGCCCAAGAAUGCCAAGGUAACCUUUCUAAAUGACUACCGCCGCGUAGGACUCACAUCUGUAGCCGUGAAAUGCUUUGAAAGUCAUGGCUCACAUCAACACCAUCCCAGAAACCCUGGACCCACUCCAAUUCGCAUACUGCCCCAACAAAUCCACAGAUGACGCAAUCUAUUUUGCACUCCACACUGCCCUUUCCCACCUGGACAAGAGGAACACCUACGUGAGAAUGCUGUUCAUUGACUACAGCUCAGCGUUCAACACCAUAGUGCCCUCCAAGGUCAUCACUAAGCUAAGGAGCCUGGGACUGAACACCUCCCUCUGCAACUGGAUCCUGGACUUCCUGACGGGCCGCCCCAGGUAGCAAGGGUAGGUAACAACACAUCCGCCAUGCUGACCUUCAACACGGGGGCCCCUCAGGGGUGUGUGCUCAGUCCCCUCCGGUACUCCCUGUUCACCCAUGACUGUGUGGCCGGGCACGACUCCAACACCAUCAUUAAGUUGCCGACGACACAACAGUGUUAGGCCUGAUCACUGACGACGAUGAGACAGCCUAUAGGGAGGAGGUCAGAGACCUGGCAAUGUGGUGCCAGGACAACAACCUCUCCCUCAACAUGGGCAAGGCAAAGGAGUUUAUCGUGGACUACAGGAAACGGAGGGCCGAACACGCCCCCAUUCACAUCGACAGGGCUGUAGUGGAGAGGGUCGUGAGCUUCAAGUUCCUCGGUGUCCACAUCACUAAGGACCUAUCAUGGUCCAAACACACCAACACAGUCGUGAAGAGGCCACAACAAUGCCUUGUCCCCCUCAGGAGGCUGAAAAGAUUUGGCAUGGGCCCUUAGAUCGUCAAAAGGUUAUACAGCUGCACCAUUGAGAGCAUCUUGACUGGCUGCAUCAUCACUUGGUAUGGCAUCUGCUUUGCAUCCGACCGCAAUGCGCUACAGAGGGUAGUGCGUACGGCCCAGUACAUCACUGGGGCCGAACUUCCUGCCAUCCAGGACCUCUAUACCAGGCGGUGUCAGAGGAAGGCCCUUUCACUGACAAACUGAAAUGGUCCACCCACACAGACAGUGUGGUGAAGAAGACGCAACAGAGCCUCUUCAACCUCAGGAGGCUGAAGAAAUUUGGCUUGGCACCUAAAACCCUCACAAACUUUUACAGAUGCACAAUUGAGAGCAUCCUGUCGGGCUGUGUCACCGCCUGGCAAGGAAACUGCACCGCCCGCAACUGCAGGGCUCUCCAGAGGGUGGUGCGGUCUGUCCAAUUCAUUACCAGGGGCAAACUACCCGCCCUCCAGGACACCUACAGCACCCGAUGUCACAGGAAGGCCAAAAAGAUCAUCAAGGACAUCAACCACCCGAGCCACUGCCAGUUCACCCCGCUAUCAUCCAGAAGGCGAGGUCAGUAGACUGAAAGACAGCUUCUAUCUCAAGGCCAUCAGACUGUUAAACAGCCAUCACUAGCACAUUAGAGGCUGCUGCAUAUAGACGUAGACUAGAAAUCACUGGCCACUUUAAGAAAUGGAACACUAGCCACUUUAAUAAUGUUUACAUAUCUUGCAUUCCUCAUCUCAUAUGGAUAUACUGCAUUCUAUACUAUUCUACUGUAUCUUAGUCCAUGCCGCUCUGUUAUUGCUCUUCCAUAUAUGUAUAUAUUCUUAUUUCCAUUGCUUAUUUAGAUUUGUGUGUAUUGGGUAUAUGUUGUGAAAUUGUUAGAUAUUACUUGUUAGAUUAUUACUGCACUGUCGGAGCUAGAAGCACAAGCAUUUCGCUACACCCGCUAUAACAUCUGCUAAACACGUGUAUGUGACAAAUACAAUUUGAUUUGAUUUGAUUAGAAAAUUGUCAAAGACUCCAGCCACCCAAGUCAUAGACUGUUCUCUCUGCUACCGCACGGCAAGCGGUACUGGAGCCCCAAGUCUGGGACCAAAAGGCUUCUGAACAGCUUCUACCCCCCAAGGCAUUAAUCAGACUGCUGAACAGCUUCUACCCCCCAAGGCAUUAAUCAGACUGCUGAACAGCUUCUACCCCCCAAGGCAUUAAUCAGACUGCUGAACAGCUUCUACCCCCCAAGGCAUUAAUCAGACUGCUGAACAGCUUCUACCCCCCAAGGCAUUAAUCAGACUGCUGAACAGCUUCUACCCCCCAAGGCAUUAAUCAGACUGCUGAACAGCUUCUACCCCCCAAGGCAUUAAUCAGACUGCUGAACAGCUUCUACCCCCCAAGGCAUUAAUCAGACUGCUGAACAGUUAAUCAAAUGGCUACUAUUUAUAAAUGGCCCAGACUAAUUACAUUGACUCCCUUUAUUAUUUAUUUUUGUAUCUUAAUUUCUUUGCAAUGACUCUCUUGCUCUAUGCACAUGCACUAGACUCUACCCACACACUCACACAUGCUACACUGACACUCCAACACACUCACACAUACUACACUGACACUCCAACACACUCACACACACUACACUGACACUCCAACACACACACACACACACACACACACACACACACACUCACACACAUGAAUAUUGACGCCACACACACACUCACACAUCGACACACUUUCACACUCUUCACAUACACUGCUGCUACUCUGUUUAUUAUCUAUCCUGAUUGCCUAGUCACUUUUACCCCUAUCUACAUGUACAUGCUGUAUUAACUCAAUUAUCUCAACUACCUCGUACCCCUGCACAUUGCCUCGGUACUGGUACCCCUUGUAUAUAGCCUCGUUAUUGUUAUUUUAUUGUGUUACGAUUUCUUUUUUUAUUUAGCAAAUAUUUGUCUUACUUUUUAACUCUGCAUUGUUGGUUAAGGGCUCGUAAGUAAGCAUUUCACGGUAAAGUCUACACCUGUUGUAUUCGGCGCAUGUGACCAAUAAAAUGUGAUUUGAUUUGAAUAAUACUGUGAAAUUGUGAAAAUUAUGAUAAUUCCCUUUUAGUGUAAGAGCUUUUUGAAAAGACAGCCUAAAAUGUCAGCCUGUUUUGCUGGGAUGGAGUUUUGGCUUGCCUGGUGACAUCACCAGGCGGUAAAUUAGUUAAUAGACCAAUAAGAAAGAGAGUUCCAAACCAAUAACAGAUAGUUUUCAGUUUCCCCCUCCCCACUCAGACCACUCCCAGACAGUCCUAGCAAAAUUCUUGCUUGAGAAAUUGCUCUUUCCUAAGACGCUAGCUUUGUUUCUUUUUGACCAUUUUAAUUGAAAACAAUCACAGUAAAGGUUCUUAAUUGUUACACAGAAAUGAUUGGAUAUUGAGAUAUUGUCUGGAAGCCUCUAAUUAAAAUGUGUCCAAGCAACAUUGUAGCACUUUGAGCCGUCACAUUGUAGAGUCACUGUGGUACUAUGGGCAGGACAUUUAAAACAUGCUAACUGGGGACCAUUGACUUACAUUGUUUUUUCAGUUAGCAAAGUGCUAAUAUUAGCAGUUGGUGGCAGCAAAAGCCAAGGAUAGGAUUACAGCCUUUCUUUGUCCAUAGACUGCAUUCAAGGUUAGGAAACACAUAUCAUUUAAUUAUGAUUUUACGAGUUGAAGUGGCUUUGGGUGAGUAGGCCUAUUCUCUAUCUGUCACAAUAAUUUACAUUUUAGUCAUUUAGCAGACACUCUUAUCUAGAGCGACUUACAGUUAGUGAGUGCUGGCCCCCCCCCGUGGGAAACAAACCCACAGCCCUGGUGUUGCAAGCGCCAUGCUCUACCAACUGAGCUAUUAUGGUCCUUGGUGUUAAUGUCAACCGCAAUGAUGUCAUGUUUAUGUAUGUAGGGCUCACAGGAGGUUGGAGGAACCUUAAUUGGGGAGGAUGGGCUCAUGGUAAUGUCUGGAGCAGAAUAGGUGGAAUGGUAUCAAAUACAUAGACACAUGGUUUCCGUGUGUUCGAUGCCAUUCCAUUCACGCCGUUCCAGCCAUUAUAAUGAGCCAUCCUCCCCUCAGCAGCCUACACUGGUAGGGCUCAUUGAUGGCCUUCUUGUCUAAACGACGGCUGCUUGUUCUCUGUAACAGAUGGAUGAUAUAGACGCCAUGUUCACUGACCUGCUGGGAGAGAUGGACCUCCUAACACAGGUAAGUUCUCACUGGGACCACUCUUACCCAUAAACUACACUUCCCAUGAUUCAUCAGAACAGAGAAGUGUUCUACCAGAAAUGGACAAACCAGAUGUAGGUCAGCAGCUGUGUUAAAUUAUUUUAUUGUUGAGACUCAGCCGUGUAGUGGUGUAACCCAGGGACUACAGCUAGAAAUGUGCCUUUUGGCUAAUUCUGGCACAUUUAGAGGAGAUGGUGAUUAUUGUACACUGUCCCUGUCAAAUAAAUUGAAUAAAGUGAAAGUGAAUAAUGAGAAAUGAAGUAACAUCAUCUGGUUUGAGUAAUGGACGCAAGCCACUCAUUUUAAGGUCAUAGUGGCGAGGCGUCCUCAUGCACUUUGGCCCUCCAUUACACUAUUAUGUAUCUGGCUUGCCAGACGAAACAUUUGACACAAAUAGAAGUCUGGCUCAGGCCUAUGUGCAUUGAACUCCUCUUAAAGGGACAUUUCAGUAUUUUACAACUUAACGUUAGAUGGUUCCUCACCUUGUAAGUAGUCUAUGGGCCAGGAGAAACUGUAAUCCAUGGCUUGGUUUUCUUUAAACAGCCAUUACAAACUUCAGCUAACUUAAGCCACCGCUAGCUAAACAUCAAUGAAAGUGAUAGGGGCAACAAAGGAAUCAAAAUAAAAAUCAUGACCGAAUUAACUCAACAUCGGGUUUGACGCUGCCAUAUCACUUCCAUUGAUUUUUAACUGCUAGCGGUGGAUAAAGUUAGCUGAAGUUUGUAGUGGCUGUUUAAAACAUGGAUUACGGUUUCUCAUGGCCCAUAGACUACUUUCAGGGUGAGGGACCAUCUAACGUCAAGUCGUAAAUUAUGGAUCUUCCCCUUUAAUGAUUGUAGCUCUAAGUUCAGGAGUGGUCCUAAAUGUUGUUACAUUAAAAAUCGAACGCUGCGGAAUGGGUCAAUAGUCAUCCUAUUGGAGAGCCACAAAUAUUAUGUCACUGUCUACAGAGUCUUAUCCAAAUUAGGAAGAAAAACUGUUUUAUUUGAAUAAUCAUUCUUCCUGAAUUUUAAGAGGAUCAAAUAUAAUUAAAAUUACGGCCAUGAUUGGAUUUAUACAUCAUUUGGGUUACUGCCUGGGAGCAUUCAGGCUAAUCAGACCUCAGAAUCCAUCCAGGAUUUUUCUACCCCAUGUACUCAAAGGUCUAAAAGUUUCAUUGAGCAUGGCUUUGAACGUGAAAACAUAUGUUUCUCUCUACGUUCAUCAGGUUUCAGUUGUGUGGCAGGGGAGAUCAUAUGCAGGUCGGCAGGUCGCCCGGUUCUAUAGACUGUUUAAGAGACAGUAUAUGAUUACUGGAGUUGCCUGCUGGGGAUGUUUAUGAAAACAUUGCAUUGCAGCUUUAAUAAUCCGUUUCCGUAUGAAAUCACAUCAUUGCCUUAGUGCAGAAGUUUUGCUUUCUUCUUUUUAAUUUUUUUAUUUGACAUAAAAAGUAUAAGGUCUGAAUUCUGACUGUGUUCCACACACCUUAUAAGCGUGGCUUCCCAGGACGUCCGUGAAGAAAAUAAAAAACAGAAUGUUUUUCUGGAGGGUUCUCUUUGAAUUAACUUACAAAUGCUGCAAACAUUGUUGGAGUGUUCUCUACACUCUUAGAAACAAAGGUGCUAUUUAAAACUUCGCCAUAGGAGAACCCUUUGAAGAACCCUUUUUUGUUCCAGGUAGAACCCUUUUGAGUUCCACGUAGAACCCUUUCCACAGAGGGUUCUACCUGGAACCAAAAAGGGUUCAACCUGGAACCAAAAAGGGUUCAACCUGGAACCAAAAAAGGUUAUCCUAUGAGGAUAGCCGAAGAACCCUUUUGGAACCCUAUUUUCUAAUAGUGUAUAUAAAACAUACAGUUCCUAUCUGUUCAUGUCCUAAAAUAUCUGUAUGCAAACUUCAUCUGAAACCUUUUUCUUGACAGAGUUUUGGGUAUGAAAAGGAUCCCUCAGAAACGUCAUCCAGCAGCUCGCAGAGAGAAAGCAACUUCUCUAUUGGGUUCGCAGAUUUGAACGGUGAGAAACACAUGCAACACUAGGUCAGCAAACAGUGGAAAUGUUAUCUUUAGAGUUGAUGCAUAUGACAUACUGUAAAUGUAUUUCAAGCCCUGCUUGCCGAUAGCAACCUUACUAAGCACAUUUGACUAGUACAGGAGUUAGACUGGUAAAAGUAUUCAUAAGAAGGGAAGUAGUUGUGUUAUCACGCUUACCCGCAUCCCUAUUUGAUCAGAUAAACCCUGCCCCCUAAUUUCCAUAUUCCUCUCUGGUAGAAUCUCUAAAUGAGCUAGAGGAUCAUGACCUGGAUGCUCUGAUGGCUGAUCUGGGGUCAGAUUUGGCGGAGACAGAGGAGACACUGAAUGCAGCCAAGACGGGACAUGUCCACACACAGCAGUCUGACUACUCCACCCCACAACAAAAUGUCCCCUUGUCCCAAAUGUCAUCGCUGGCAUCCUCCUCCUCAUCCUCUCUCCCACCUGAACCCUCCAAACCACAGCUAGCGGUAACUUCCAAUAGAUAUACUGUAUCCUGUGACUGACUGGGGUUUGGACCCUGGUUUCCUGCACGCCACAAGACUGUGUUAGCCCUCUGAGCUAAAGCCUAGGCGUUAGCCAGGGGAGCUAAUGUAAGUCUUCAGGUCUCAGGCAAGAACACAUAACUAUUUAUGUUAUAAAUGCAGGGGUACACAACAGCAGGCCCUUGAGUUCUGCAGUUAUUUCGAUUUCUGUAUAUCAAGGCAUCUUAACCUUUUUGUUUUUGUAGCUAUUUACUUCCAAUAUACAGUAAACGGUAGCACUUCUUCACACUCUUGCUCUUUUAAUUAAAAAUGAUACCUUCAUUUUUCCAGGGAGAAGCUGAAGCACAAGCCAAAGCUGACAAAAUCAAGCUGGCUCUGAAGAAGCUAAAAGAAGCCAAAGUUAAGAAGGUAUAUUGGGUUACUUUCACUAAACCAGCUAUAACAGCCUCACUUUGUGAGGAGUUGAGCUACCCCUAUAUCAUGUAUAGCACUGUGGGUUGGAGGAAAACGCUAUAUACACUCCCCUCCGUAUGUAUUUGGACAGUGAUGCUAAAAUUGUAAAUAACAACUCUAUACUCCACCAUUUUGGAUUUGAGAUCAAAUGUUUCAUAUGAGGCAACAAUCCAGAAUGUAACCUUUCAUUUCACGUCCUAUUGGGCAAAACAUCAUCCCGAAACACAAUCAAAACAAGCGGUAAAUGCAUCCAACAAGUUUGUAAAGUCACAAGGUUGAUGUAGUCAUUGUGUGCCAGGGAUAUGGGGCCAAAUACUAAACUUUCGACUUCUUUACACUAUAAGUGAAAUCUGUCCAAAUACUUAUGACGUCUUAAAAUGGGGGGGGGGGGGGGGGGGGGGGGGGGACGACUAGGUACUUAAAGUGCUUUCAUUUCUAAACGGUAAACACUCGAAUUAAAGGUGACAUUCUGUUCUAUGAAACAUUUGAUCUGAAAUCCAAAAUGCCGGAGAAUAGAGCCACAUUUAAAAUGUUAGCUUCAAUGUCCAAAUACAUCCGUAGGGGAGUGUAGAUACACAUCACUCUAGUAAUCAUUGUGAGCUGAUCUUCCCAUAGAAAUAUAAUUACUAGAAUGGCUAUCCCCAUUCAAGUCAAUGUUCUGUGAAUGGGUGGGCCGGUGGCCAUAUUGAGUGUCCCCAAUGAGCACUUUAUAUUUCUACGGUUGUUCCUAUGUACAACCUUCUAGUUGGUGAUCAAGGUGAUGAUGAGCGAUGGCAGCUCCAAGACACUGAUGGUGGACGAGAGACAGACGGUCAGGGACGUGCUGGAUAAUCUGUUCGAGAAGACCCACUGCGACUGCAGCGUGGACUGGAGCCUGUGUGAGACCAACCCUGAGCUGCAGACUGGUGAGGACUCACAUACACCAGACCUGGGUUCAAAUUGUAUUUGUUUCUGUCGAAUACUUUUGAGCAUUUGAUUGAGCCUGGCUGAAGUGCCAGUUGGGUCGGGUUUGCACUUUUUUGGACUCUUCCAUUUGGUUCCAUUGCACCAAGCAAGCUCAAUCAAGUGCAGUCAAAGUAUUUGAGGUAUGAUUUUAGAUAUGAUAUUGUAUGAUGAAUGUACAUCAUUUUCAUAAAGCAAUGAAGCUCCUAUUUUUUUCUCAAAACAGAAAGGGGAUUUGAAGACCAUGAAUAUCUAGUGGAGCCUCUUUCUGCAUGGACACGAGACAGUGAAAACCAAAUCCUUUUCCUUCUGAGACCUAACAAAUAUCUCUUCUUCAAAGACCCCCAGGUGAGUACAGUAGAGACCUGGGAAGUAUUGAUUCGGCACCAAACGGAAUAACAUUAACUGAAACAGGGAGAAACUACCUGGACCUCACCAAUAAGAAAUGUUCAUUUUUGUUUUCUGUUGCAAAAUGUUUUAAAACGUUUACUGUUGCAUGCCCCUUAUGAACAUGGCCCAGAGUUCACACAAAACAGUGAACUGUGCUUUCUAAUUUAACAGUGAAUUGAGCUCAUGGCGUGUUGCAUUGUUGCUACAUCUGUCUCUAUUUUUUGCCAACUUUUUAGCAAAACAAAAGAGUUGGUUAUAGUAGACAAACUGGCAACCAAGCACUGUGUUUUAGCUAUAUUACUGAGAUCCCUGUGCUGACAUUGUCUUUGCACCUCCAAGAUAUUCUACCUAUGGAAAAAAGACAAACAAUUUCUGAAUGAGAUAAAAGAAAGCCAUAAGGGACUUCUGCUAAAGGUGAGUUAUCAUCACAAACACACCUAUAGUGGACUCUGUAGCCUAUACGGUAAACACAUUCACUGUACCAAUAUAUUGUUGAAGGAGUUCUCCUUCCUCUAUAGAAAAUCAGGUUUAUACAAACCCUCGAACACUUCCACACACCUUAUUUUAAACGUCUGAAUCCAGGAAAACUUUGAGGGGCCUUCUGUCAUCGUCCCAGACCUGGAGGGGCUGCUGUUUCUGAAGGAGGACGGGAAGAAAUCGUGGAAACGUCGCUACUUCCUGCUCAGGGCUUCUGGGAUAUACUAUGUGCCUAAAGGAAAGACAAAGGUAAAGGAAGUGACGUAAUGACCAUCAAAUCGAUUUCACAGCAAGUCCAAUAAACAUCUUGUCCAAACAUAGAAAGUAUUUUUGAUAUACAGCAUACAGGCCAUUUAUGAACUUUUACAGAGACUUACACGUGUUGUUUCUACAUAGAACUGUGGUAAACCAGUAAUAAACAAUUAGUGUGGAAGUCCACAUUCCACACAUUCAUUCAUGUUGGGACAUUUCCCACUAAAACACUACUGUAGGAAAUCCUUACUAACUUACUGCAUCUCCAGUAAUAUGACCCAUAUGAACUGAAUUUGACUUAAGUCUACAUAUCCAGGUUUUCUCGUGUUUUUCUCCCUUGGCAGACAUCCAGGGACCUGGCGUGCUUCACUCAGUUUGACAAAGUCAACAUCUACACCACCACUGAUUACAAACAGAAAUACAAAGCACCCACAGACUUCUGCUUCAUCCUCAAGGUAGGCCAUCCAUGUUGGAGGAAAGAAUAGCAUGAUGGUUAUCCAUCUGUCUUUUACUCUUCUCCCAUCAACCCCCCGAGGUAACACACACACACACAGGCUGAAAGAAGCACAGGGUCAGUCAUAUUGUAAUGGUCCUGGAGCAAUUUUGGGGGUUAACUGCUCUGUAAAGCACUUAUAGAACCCAGAUGGAGAGGUUCAUGGUCAAAUCAAAUCAAAUGUUAUUUGUCACAUGCUUCAUAAACAACAGUGAAAUGCUUCCUUACGGGCCUUCCCAACAAUGCAGAGAGAAAAAUAAUUAUAAUAUAAAGAUAAUAACAGGAGGAAUAAAUACACAAUGAGUAACGAUAACUUGGUUAUAUACCACGGGUGGGUCUAAUCCUGAAUGCUGAUUGGUUAAAACCGCAUUCCAGCCGGUGUCUAUUCCACAAGUUACCACCGGCUAAAUCUAUGACGUUGAAAUGCCUAUUUACUCUGUUCCAUCUCACUGCGCAAUCAACUGUCUCGUCAACCCUGCCAGGAAAUGUAUAAACUUAAUGUCCACUAUAAAAUUCAUCUAGACAUUAUCUCCCAUUUCUUUUACACUAGCGUUUGGUUUUCAACAGCAGACAUUUGUAUAAACCUUGCUGUUUGUCUCUCCGACUUUUUCAAUAUUGUUUCAAUAUUGAAUUGCGAUCUCCACCGUCCCAUAUAAAAUGAAUGUGUCCGAACGAGACAGACAGCAAAUUGAGCUGGUUGUCAUAGCAACACACAAACCUUUUUCUCAGUUGACUGGCUAAAUCGAUACUUUGUUGCGAAAACUAAAAUGGAUGAGUGGAACAUUUAUUUUGAUCUUUUCGACGGCAUGAGUAUGGAUGAAUGGGAAAAAGAGAUGGCUAUAAUAGAGAACGCCCUUGCAUUUUAUCUCCACCCAAGGAGAGGAGAGUGUAUCUGGGACUCGAUCUGGGACACGUCAGAGCCGAUGGACGUGAACUAUCUUGGCAGCACUUCUACCGAAGAUCAGCAGGGCAGCGGGAACAACGACAUACACAAAUCACAGGACCACGACGGUCCAGAAACUGGCCCAUGCUGCUUUAGAAGCAGUGAGUGGGCAUCGGUGAGAAGGUUCGCUCCAUAGCUACUGGCGUCCGUCACUGACAGACAGAAAAAGAUGGAGCAACAUCCUGUCAGAAAACAAAGAGAACACUGCAGCACCAUCAACACCCAAAAGGCUGAAGCAAUGCAGCAGAAGUAGUAGAACAGGCUCCGACAGAUAUUUCAACCAAUGCACCAUCCAGGGGAAUGUACAGAUAAAUGUGACAUACAAUAAGUAGCUAUAGCUUUUUCAGCUGUGGUGGGAUAACAAAGAGAAUGUAUGGUUUCAUUUAUUAAAAUCAGCUCAAAUGAAUGUCAUGGAUUGUCUUUCUUUUGUCUGAACAGUGUCCUGACAAGCGAGCACAUUUUCUCUGCCAGGCAAAGACGCGCAUCAUAAGCUCAUUGUUAUGGAUGUGUCCGAAUAAUUCUAACUAGAAAACCGCUUAAACAAAUGCAAAUGCAGCUACUUUGCUGUUAUUCUGGCUGCACUUUUUGACGUGACUGUAAAUUAGCCGUAGUUGGCUAGAUACCAAGCAAGGGAGAAGAACGUAGCCAGCCAGUAUGGCAAUGGAACAUUUAGAACGAACGACUGGGUCGCAUCUAUAGAUACAGAACAAAAAGACUGAACGACUGGGUCGAGUCUCUAGCAACAAAACUGAACGACGGGUCGGUCUCUAGCAACCCUAGAUUUGUGUCGGGACUAUAUCUUGUGUAAGGAUGAAAUAGUACGAAUAAAUUAAUAAAAAUAACAUUUUUACUGAAAAUAUGUCAAUCAUUAUUUGAAUAUGUUGGUAACCCGUUGUAUAAAAGUGAUAAUGCCCUCGAAGCCGGUGUUUGUUGGAUAUAUUGGCACGGUUUGUCGGCCCUCGACUUCGUAUCCGGCCUAAUAACGCCCGUGCCAAUAUAUCCAACAACCUGCUUCUCGGGCAUUAUCACUUGAAUAUACACGGGGUACAAGUACCGAGUCCAUGUGCAGGGGUACGAGGUAAUUGAGGUAGAUAUGUACAUAUAGGUAGAGAUAAAAUGACUAGGCAACAGGAUAGAUAAUAAACAGUAACAGCAGCAUAUAUGAUGAGUCAAAAGAGUUAGUGCAAAAAGGGUCAAUGCAGAUAGUCUGGGUAGCUAUUGGUUAACUAUUUAACUAACUAUUUAGCAGUCUAAUGGCUUGGGGGGUAGAAGCUUUUCAGUGUCCUGUUGGUUCCAGACUUGUGCAUCGGUACCACUUGCCAUGAGGUAGCAGAGAGAGCAGUUUAUGACUUGGGUGGCUGGUGUUUUUGACAAUUUUUAGGGCCUUCCUUUGACACUGCCUGGUAUAGAGGUCCUGGAUGGCAGGAAGCUUGGCCCCAGUGAUGUACUGGGCCGUACGCACUACCCUCUGUAGCGCCUUGCGGUCGGAUGCCAAGCAGUUGAGAGAGCGAGAGAGAGAGAGAGAGAGAGAGAGAGAGAGAGAGAGAGAGAGAGAGAGAGAGACACACACAGAGAGAGAGAGAGAGACACAGAGAGAGACACAGAGAGAGACACAGAGAGAGAGACACAGAGAGAGACACAGAGAGAGACACAGAGAGACAGAGAUUCCUUAGUGAUGUGGACACAGAGGAACGAACUUGAAGCUCUCUACCUCCUCCACUAAGCCCCAUCAAUGUGGAUGGGGGCGUGCUCAGUCGUGCAUGGUUUAGACCAACUGGGUUGAAAGAUGCACUACAUUAUGGGUAUCUGGUCGCUGUUUUAAAGUUUGGGUGUCCAUUUUGUGCCAUUUAGUGUAUUGAAGCUCAAAUCGAUUUGUUGAAAACUAUUUGAAACCCUUCUCCAGCCCAAAAAAAUUAAUUUGCAACAAUACAAAUGCUAAGUUUUGAGGGCCAGCAAGGCAAAACAUAUUUGAAUAUUUGCAUGUUUAAAUAUAAACCUAAUUAACAGGAAGUUGUGCACUAUUGCAACUACUAUAACACAUUUCCACGGCACCACCACACACAGACAGACAUCUGCUGUGUAUGUUGCCAUAGUGAUCUCUGAACGACCAUACAAAACUAUCUGUUAUGAGGAACGAAAGAGAGACAGAGCGAAAGAGAAAGACAUAAAGACAGAGACAGAGACAGAGAUAGACAGACAGGUAGAAAGGCAGACCGACCAACAGACAGGAAGACAGACCAACAGACAGACAGGCAGACCAGCAGACAGACAGACAGAAAGACAGGCAGACCAACAGACAGACAGGCAGACCAGCAUACAGACAGAAAGACAGGCAGACCAACAGACAGACAGGCAGACCAACAGACAGACAGAAAGACAGGCAGACCAACAGACAGACAGGCAGACCAGCAUACAGACAGGCAGACCAGCAGACAGACAGAAAGCGCAACCAACAGACAGACAGGCAGACCACAUACAGAAGGCAGCCAGCGACAGACAGAAGACAGGCAGACCAACAGACAGACAGGCAACCAGCAUACAGACAGAAAGACAGGCAGACCAACAGAGAAGGCAGCCAGAUACAGCAGACAGAAAGACAGCAGACCACAGACAGACGGCAGACGAGCUACAACAGACAGAAGACGGCGACCAGCAUACAUACAGAGAAGACGACAGACAGAGGUCAACUUAAACGACCUGUCAGUCAUCAAGAGGCAUUUUAAUAAGGAACGUUUCCCCUACCCAGGAUAUAAUUUUCUCAACAAAGAAUGAAAGCAGGGGGAGUGAGGUGUCAGUUGGUUGAAGCAGGGGCAGGUCUGACACAUGCUGGGUUGUGGCAUACCUUCAAAAGAGCAUUCAGGGUCGGGUACUUACAAACUUGCAGCUGGGUUGAGCUGUGUCUGAUGGUUCUUAGUUUGCAACUACAAUUCACUGCUCAACCCCCAUGUUCUCUCCAUACCUGGGUUCAAAUACUACUUGAAAUCUUUUUUUAUACUUUGAGCUUGCUUUGUUUACUUUAGCCUGCUUGGAGUGCCAGAUGGGCGGAGUUUGCACUUUUCCUACUAUCCUAUUGGUUCCAUCGCGCCAUGCAAGCUUAAAUCAAGCCCAGUUAAAGUAUUUGAAAUAAUUUAAAAUAGUAUGUAAACCUGCCCCUAUGUUCUCUCUAUGUUUCACAUUUUCAGGAAAUGAACAUAGCGAGGAGCUAAGUUGAUGAUAGUGAUGGUAAGGUCAACCAAUAAGGAAGUGAAUGUAGUUUGAUGAAGUUCACAAGAAUUGACUUAUAUUAGGCAGACAGACCUAUUUUAACUGUUACCAGGUAAGAACAUUUUAGAUGAUGCAUCACCAUUCAGUUACUUGCAGAACCAUGUCUGACAAUGAUCUGUUUCUAAAGGUACAUCACAGAAGUUGAGUUGAGUUCCUAACUGUUUACCUUGAACUUGAGCUUAUAUUUCAAGGGUAUGGUUCAUAACAACAACAGAUGAGCUGAAUCUAUUUCUGUUUUGGAUACUUUUUUUUUCCCUCACCAGUGUCCCUAGAGGCAGAAAGUUAGUGUGAAAGAAGAGUGCAACUUCAAAUAAGGGAUUUUAUUUCAAACAGGCAACAAAGUUAUGGUUCAAAUCAGGACCUUUAUUUUUUAAUCACCAUUUAUUUUGGGUGUAUGGGAAUGUUCAGGUACUCUUUAACAUGACUGAGAAAGGUUCUUACCGUUCGAGGAGUCAAGGGGUCGAGGACAUGGUAGUGAAGUGCACAUGACGCUCCAUCUUACGGCUUGGCUAAUGUGAGCCUUGAUCGCCUCCUGCUGGCUCUUUGAUGAACUACGAAAUAAAUUAAUACUGGACAACUUGAACAAAGACACAUUGCAUCAAGCGUCAGUUUCUCGUGACAAGACAUUGCAUGCAUGGGAGAUUUUGCUGUACGCGCAGAAAUUACCAUCAGUACAAUAUGUUCUGUUCUUUCCCUGCAGCAUCCUCAGAUCCAGAAGGAGUCCCAGCACAUAAGAUUCCUGUGUUGUGACGAUGAGCACACUCUCUCCCUCUGGGUCAACUCCAUCAGAGCAGCCAAGGUUAGAUUUUACUCAUACCCCUUUUCACACUGUGGACCUGAACCACACUGUGGACCUGAACCACACUGUGUUGCCUCAGUUAGUUCCCUUUUACAUUACUUGUUCCCAGCACGGUUCCAGCAACUAUGGUGAAUGCGUAACCAGGCCAGCACAGUACAGCUCAGCUCUGUUCGGUUCAGUAGGGGUACAACAGUCCAAUUGUGUAUGGGCUGUGAGUCCUAUGUUGUGUGUACCUACUGUAUCUAUCUUUGUUCAGUAUGGGGUCACUCUGUACCACAACUAUCAGACGGCAGUGAGGAGGGCCUUAACCCCCACCUCCACUCUGCAUCUGACCGGUCUGCCUGCCUCCAACCCUCCCACACAUUCUACUGGGCACAGAGGUGAGACACAAUCACACACACGUGCAUGCACAAACGAAUGCUCGCUCGCUCACACACACACACACACACAUACACACACACAGAAAAUGAAUUUUUCAACCCCAAAACGUAAUGUAAAUAAUACAUAUCAUUUUCCUCUCCUCAGCAACAUUGAGGUCCAAUGGACACCCUGCUCAGGACGACCUCUCUGAACCGCCCCCAGACUUUAUUCCCCCGCCCCCUCCUGGGUGGGGCUCUGGGGUCUAG